CGGCGAGGUCAAAGUGAGCCGAACAUCCUUAAAGAUCACAACUGGAUCUUUCCAGUCGUAAGAGUACUAUAGAUGGCCCUUAUCGCCUCUUGCUAGAGAGUUAGAUGAUAUACCGGUACUAUGUCAGUCAAGAGUUCUUUAUUGAGUUUACCUCUAUAAUUUUGUUGUUCAAACAAAAGUACCUAUUCCCAAUUGACGGGCAUCAUUCAUAGUAAUUUGUGAUGGAUGCCUCUCGAUCCUUUGGCCCAAAAGUAUAUCAAAAAGCAACCCAGUGAGGUAUGGUGCUUUAAUCAUGCGAAUACUUUUAGCCCAGUCAUUUUCGUUUCAUUAAGUCUCGUCAGGACGGCAUCAUUGUGGCUCGAGCCUAGCUAAUCCCAUAGCAGAGCUUGAAUGGAAAUGAAACCGUAAUGAAUCGUAUUCGAUUGAUAGAGCCCGACGGCACUGAGGUCGACAUUGGAGACACCGGCAAUGAUCACGCCAGAAACCGUCCACACUUAGGGACCGUAGCAUCUUGGCGAAAUAAUGGGGGUCCACCGUCUACGAUACCGCAAGAUGCCCUACGAGGGAUUCCAUCGGACGGACAAACGGAAAUCAAUGAUCAUGGCGACACCGCACAGUUGGAAGCUGAGACCGCCAAGAGCGAGUCAAAAGCUCCUAAGUCCUCAGAAGACGACAUUUCGUACGUCGGCGGUGCACCUGGUCUCAGCGAUCAGGAACCCGGCAUGCCCUUCGAUGUAUCCGAGUCAGAGAGUGACCUCGACUAUGACGAUCUUUGGGAGUCCAUUGACGACCAGCUCAUAGAGCCCCCUCCAGAGAAUGGGAGGAAGUACCUUCCAUUGGACCAACUCCGCAAGAUAAUGGUCAAGCCCAGAGUUCGACAAGAAUUGAAGAAGUUAAGAGGCAUCGACCGAGAUACCAUUCACAGAUACGCCAAUGCAGUAUGCGAUACUACAGACUAUGGAACCAUGCAAAGGACGACGAGACACAAGAUGUUUGCCACUCUAGUUCAUAUUGAGCAUAUUGAGGCAUUGUCUAGUUUCAUCGACGAGAAGAUUCAUGACGUCCAUUUGCCAUUCACUUUGGAAAAGGGUCCGCGUUGGCAUUUAACAUACACUACGACAGACAGGGUGACCACUAAAAAAGUUACUGCCAUAUUUCAAGGAAGCUACAGUUGGACUAAGGCAAAGAUGGACUCGUUCGUUGAUCGCCAGUGGCUCUUUAUGGCUCCUUUCUUCGACAUGAAGGCGAACAAACCCCCCUUCUACCCGCUUGAGGCAAGAGUUGUGCUUCCUUUCCGCAAGGAAGAGAAAUGCGAUCCGGCAUAUGGGGGCUUUAGUACCGUGUCGAGGACGCAUAUACAUGAAGCCCACCACAACUCCAUGCAUGGCACUGAACCUUUUUUCGCAAUCAAAAAGCUUCACUCCUUAGACCGGGCGGCUUUCGAGCGGGAGCUUCAUGCAAUGAAGAAGUUCAACCGACAAGGUCAUCCGCACCUGAUGAAGCUUCUUGCUACAUAUCAGUAUCAAGAACAUUGGUAUUUUAUUUUCCCUUGGGCGAAUGGAAACUUGAGAGAGUUUUGGCAGCAGCAUGACACACCUCAACCAGACCACCAGCUCGUCGUUUGGAUUGCAGACCAAGUAACUGGUAUUGCGUCUGGUCUAAACUUGAUUCAACACCCUCCCAAAGACCCCACAUUAACUCAAGACGCGAGGGAUUCUGGUAGACAUGGUGACUUAAGACCCGAGAACGUGCUUUGGUUCAAAGAUCACUGCAAGGAUGAAAGCAUCAUCGGUAAUGGGGUUCUCAAAAUUGCUGACUUUGGCCUCACCAGCUACCACCACCACAGCUCCAGAUACGAUAACGCCAAAGGCUUGAGUUUUGCACAGACUUACAAAGCGCCCGAAGUGGAUGUGGCUGAGGAAGUUUCACAAGCUUACGAUAUCUGGACUUUGGGUUGCCUCUUACUGGAGUUUGUUACGUGGUAUCUCAAAGGUUGGCAGGGCGUAGAUGAAUUCUCCCGCGACCGGGCCAAGAAUGACGCGAAAGAAGACGAAAUCCCUCUGGACACGUUUUAUAACAUCAUCAUUGUGGAUGGUGUCAAACAAGCUGUCCUCAAGCCAACUGUCAAAGAGUGGAUACAGAAACUCCACGAUGAUGAAGACUGUUCAUCAUACUUUCAGCAGUUACUCACCUGCAUCUGCGAUAAUCUCCUCCGAAUAGAUCCCAAAAAGAGACAAAAAUGCCCCGAUGUGGCAAAAACGAUGAAACAAAUGGCUGGGGAUUGUAAGAAGAAUCAAGAAUACGCAGCUUCAGGUUACGAUAAACCGCCUAACAAGUCCCGCACGACGGGAAUUACUGGCUCUGACAAAACGGUUUCGGAUUACGGACACGCCGAAACAGAAUUCAACACUCAAACGGCGUUGGUUGGAUCCAGAUCUCCUUCUCCGGAAAGAAGCGAUGUUACCCACGAUUCUGGACUGCCAAACAGCACCAAAGGCCAUAAUGGCCGCGUGGUGUAUCCAAAUGCUUCGAUAGAGGAUUCGGUUGAAACGCCUAAUAUCACCACUAAAAGGUGAUAUCCAUUGAGCCGCAACCCGUCUUUAACAGCGGCGAUGAGAUAAAAUAGUCUAAUGCAAUCGAAAACAGAGGGGGAGAGGCUUCUAAAAGGAGAUGAGGUCAUCCAGCAGCAAAACUCUCUACUUUAUGGCGGAAUGGGUCCACCUUGGUUGAGACGGAUAUGCGACUAGAGAUAGUUGUCGCAACCCCAAACCACGUUUCUGUUGUUCAAUUGUAAUAUGACUCGGCUAUACAAGGGCAUCGCUUAGUGAUGUAAAGGCGGGAAGUUUCGAAUUGAUUUCGUUUUGAAGGAUUUUGCGUUUUCCAAGUUACUUCUUUAAGCUAGCAUCUGCUCAUUGUCUAUGCCAAUCCUUGCUUAUGAGUAACAGACGGCGGCGGCGGCGGCAGCGAGAUGCAUAUUAUGUUACCAGUUAGAGUAUGCACAUACAUAGUGGGGCAUAUGAGAAUGAGGAUAAGAAGGGCUUAAUUAUACGAAAGCAAAGGUAAAAAAGAA